ACGCAUAUACAUAUAUAUAUAUUUAAUUAUAAUAUAUAUAUAUACAAAAAUAUAUAAAUACAUAAAUUUUUUCACACCCCAAAGUUAAAAAAUAAACCGCCAAAAUUCUUACCGCAAGCAGUAUGAACUCAUAUUUUGAACAAACUGGCUUUUAUGGCCAUCCGCAUCAGAGUACCGGCAUGGGUAUGGGUGCUGGUUCACAUCAUGAUCAAACAGCUUCAGCAGCGGCUGCCGCAUAUCGUGGUUUUCCAUUAUCACUGGGUAUGGCACCAUAUGCUAAUCAUCAUUUACAACGUUCGACACAAGAUUCACCAUAUGACGCUAGUAUAACAGCAGCAUGUAGUAAAAUUUAUGAUGGAGCAUACAAGCAAGAUUGUGCCAAAAACACAGCAGACACAAAUGGUUAUAAAGAUGUUUGGAAUACAGGUGGAUCAAACGGUUCCAGUACAGCAGGUGGUGGAGGCGGUGGUGGCGGCAACAGUGGUGCUGGCGGUCAAGGUAAUACUUCAGUUGGCGGUGGACCUGUCAGACCUUCUGCCUGUACCCCAGAUUCAAGAGUUGGCGGUUAUUUAGAUACAUCUGGUGGCAGUCCUGGUUCCCAUCGUGGAGGCUCAGCUGCUAGUGCUGUUGCUGGCAGCGCAUGGAAUACAAAUUGUACAAUAUCUGGAGCUACAGCUGCUCAAACGGCUGCUACUGGUUUACAUCAGGCAAGCAAUCAUACCUUUUAUCCAUGGAUGGCUAUCGCAGGUAAGAGAUAUUCAGAAUCUCUUGCGGGCUCACUACUUCCAGAUUGGUUAGGUAAGUUUCAAAUUGCAACACUUUUUAUAUAAUAAACUCUCA